AAAAAGAAAAAGAUAAAAUGACUCCAGAACUUGGUAGUGGAACAAAAAAGGCUAUUACUAGUCAAAAGGGCAUAGAAUCAUCAUGUGGUUAUGUGACUUUCUUAGCGGGUAAUGGUGAUUAUGUGAAAGGGGUGGUGGGUUUAGCAAAGGGGUUGAUAAAAGUCAAAUCUAUGUAUCCUUUGGUGGUGGCAAUUUUUCCCGAUGUGCCAGAGGAACAUCGUAUGUUAUUAAGGAGCCACGGUUGCAUAGUGAGGGAGAUAGAACCACUUGCUCCUUCAUUGCAAUCAUCGGAUAAGUAUGCUAGAACUUAUUACGUUCUCAAUUACUCCAAACUUCGCAUUUGGCAGUUUGUGGAGUACAGUAAGAUGGUAUACUUGGACGGAGACAUGCAAGUUUUCGACAACAUAGACCAUCUAUUCGAAUUGCCUGACAAAUAUUUCUAUGCGGUGACGGACUGCAUAUGCGAUACGUAUGGGGAGCCAUGUCCAGAGGUUCUGCCUUGGCCCAAAGAGUUGGGCCCAAGGCCGUCUAUCUACUUCAACGCAGGCAUGUUUGUCUUUCAGCCCAAUCUCUCCAUCUAUGUUCGUCUCUUGAACACCCUCAAAGUUACCCCACCCACCCAAUUUGCUGAACAGGACUUUCUGAACAUGUACUUUAAAGACAAGUACAAGCCAAUUCCUUAUGCAUACAAUUUGUUGGUGGCCAUGCUAUGGCGCCACCCAGAGAAAAUCGAGGUCAACAAGGCGAAAGCAGUUCACUACUGUUCUCCAGGGGCUAAGCCGUGGAAAUACACUGGGAAGGAAGAACACAUGGAUCGGGAGGAUAUCAAAAUGCUAGUGAAGAAAUGGUGGGACAUUUAUAAUGACACCACACUGGAUCACAAGGCGGAGGGUUCUGGAGUUGAAGCAAACAAAUUAAGGGCAGCAGCCUUUCCUGAUUCAAAUAUUAGUACUUUAUAUGUUACUAGCCCAUCAGCUGCAUAGCUAUAUAUAUACACGACUGGCAGUGAUCUACUCUCUGUUAUUAGUUGUGGAGGGUAUUAUGAAAGUACUGCCACUAGUUUAUUUUUUUUUGGCAGGUUUGAUUUUGGUGGUCCAAUAAGCGCAAGUUUUUGUACUAUUUGCAACUUAUAAGUGGUAAUUAUGUAGUCUAUGGACAGAUGUGGGAACAGCACAAAUGGAAAUUAGAUAUAUACUCUAUAGUGUCAGCAAAUACAGUGCUUUUCAAUCUUGUUUCCUUUUGACUUUUGAGUUUUAAACUUUGCUGAUAUAGCAGCAGCUUAUGACCUGCAACAGUA